CGCUCCCGUUUCCGGCGGGGGACGAUGGCCGGGAUCUGACCCCGAGGAGGCCGCACCCGCGCCGCGCUGUGCGGCGGGCUCCUGGCGAUGCCGAGCAGCUCGGACACGGCGCUGGGGGGAGGCGGGGGCCUGAGCUGGGCGGAGAAGAAGUUGGAGGAACGCCGCAAGCGGAGGCGAUUCCUGUCCCCUCAGCAGCCGCCGCUGCUGUUGCCGCUCCUGCAGCCGCAGCUCCUGCAACCGCCGCCGCCCCCGCCGCCUCUGCUCUUCCUGGCUGCCCCCGGCACGGCCGCCGCCGCAGCCGCCGCCGCCGCGGCCUCCUCCUCCUGCUUCAGCCCCGGCCCCCCUCUGGAGGUCAAGCGGCUGGCGAGAGGCAAGAGGCGCGCAGGAGGGCGGCAGAAGCGGCGCCGCGGGCCCCGCGCCGGGCAGGAGGCGGAGAAGCGCCGGGUCUUCUCGCUGCCCCAGCCGCAGCAGGACGGCGGUGGCGGCGCCGGCGCCGGGAGCGGCGGGGGUGUGACCCCGCCGGCGGAGUACGAGGAUGUGAGCUCCCAGUCCGAGCAGGGGCUGCUGCUGGGGGCGGCCAGCGCGGCAACGGCGGCGACGGCUGCCGGGGGAACGGGCGGCAGCGGCGGGAGUCCGGCCUCCUCCUCCGGCACCCAGCGGCGCGGGGAGGGCUCGGAGCGCAGGCCCCGCCGGGACCGCCGCGGCAGCAGCGGCCGCAGCAAGGAGCGCCACCGCGAGCACCGGCGGCGGGACGGCCAGCGCGGCGGCAGCGACGUCUCCAAGUCCCGCGGCCGCCACGGCCACGGCGGCGAGGAGCGGGCCGAGGCCGCCAAGAGCGGCAGCAGUAGCAGCGGCGGCGGCCGGCGCAAGAGCGCGUCGGCGACGUCCAGCAGCGGCAGCGGCAGCCGCAAGGACCGGGACCCCAAGGGUCACCGCAGCCGGACCAAGUCGGCCAAGGAGCCGCCCUCGGCCUAUAAGGAGCCGCCCAAGGCCUACCGCGAGGACAAGGCCGAGCCCAAGGCCUACCGGCGGCGGCAGCGCUCCCUGAGCCCGCUGGGAGGCCGGGACGACAGCCCAGUGUCUCACCGAGCGUCGCAGAGCCUGAGGAGCCGUAAGUCCCCGAGCCCGGCCGGAGGGGGCGGCAGUCCCUACUCGCGGCGGCCACCGCGCUCGCCGAGUCCCUACAGCCGCCGCCGCUCGCCCAGCUACAGCCGCCACAGCUCGUACGAGCGGGGCGGCGACGUGUCCCCCAGCCCCUACAGCAGCAGCAGCUGGCGCCGCUCGCGCAGCCCCUACAGCCCGGUGCUCAGACGGUCGGCCAAAUCCCGAAGCAGAAGCCCAUAUUCAUCUAGGCAUUCAAGAUCUCGUAGCAGGCACAGAUUAUCUAGAUCCAGAAGUCGUCAUUCUAGCAUUUCUCCCAGUACAUUGACUCUGAAGAGUAGCCUGGCAGCAGAAUUGAACAAGAAUAAAAAAGCAAGAGCUGCAGAGGCAGCAAGAGCUGCAGAGGCAGCAAAAGCUGCAGAAGCAGCGAAGGCUGCCGAGGCAGCUGCCAAGGCUGCCAAAGCUUCUACACCUACCAAGGGGAACGCAGAAACUGGUGCCAGCACAUCACAAACCAACCAUGUGAAGGAUGUGAAGAAAGUUAAAGUUGAGCAUGCACCUUCUCCCUCAAGUGGUGGAACUUUAAAAAAUGACAAGGCAAAAACAAAACCACCUCUUCAGGUAACAAAGGUAGAUAAUAAUUUGAUUGUAGAUAAAGCUACCAAGAAAACAGUUGUAGUUGGGAAGGAGAGUAAAUCUGCUGCUACAAAGGAGGAACCAGUAUCUCUUAAAGAGAAAACCAAACCACUUACACCAAGCAUAGGAGCCAAGGAGAAGGAGCAACACGUGGCUUUAGUGACUUCUACAUUACCACCAUUACCUUUGCCUCCUAUGCUGCCUGAAGAUAAAGAAGCUGAUAGCUUAAGAGGAAAUAUUUCAGUUAAAGCUGUUAAAAAAGAGGUAGAGAAGAAACUCCGAUGUCUGCUUGCUGACUUACCACUGCCCCCUGAGCUACCAGGAGGAGAUGAUCUUUCCAAGAGUCCAGAGGAAAAGAAAACAGCAGCACAGUUGCACAGUAAAAGGAGGCCAAAAAUAUGUGGGCCUCGCUAUGGUGAAAUCAAAGAAAAAGAUAUUGACUGGGGAAAACGCUGCGUGGAUAAAUUUGAUAUCAUUGGAAUUAUUGGAGAAGGUACUUAUGGACAAGUUUACAAGGCCAGGGAUAAAGACACUGGAGAAAUGGUAGCUUUAAAAAAAGUACGUCUGGAUAAUGAAAAGGAAGGCUUUCCAAUUACAGCAAUUCGAGAAAUUAAGAUUCUCCGGCAGCUUACCCACCAGAGUAUAAUCAAUAUGAAGGAAAUAGUGACUGAUAAAGAAGAUGCUUUGGAUUUUAAGAAGGACAAAGCCAAACAUGCUGUUGGAAGGGCAAAAGGUGCAUUUUAUCUGGUGUUUGAGUAUAUGGACCAUGAUCUAAUGGGACUACUGGAAUCAGGCUUGGUUCAUUUUAAUGAAAGUCACAUCAAAUCAUUUAUGAGACAGCUCAUGGAAGGUUUGGAUUAUUGUCAUAAGAAGAACUUUUUGCAUAGAGAUAUUAAAUGUUCAAAUAUCCUUCUAAAUAAUAGAGGGCAGAUUAAACUUGCAGAUUUUGGACUUGCUCGAUUGUAUAGCUCAGAAGAAAGCCGGCCAUAUACUAACAAAGUCAUUACUCUAUGGUACCGUCCACCUGAACUGCUCUUGGGAGAAGAACGAUAUACACCAGCUAUUGAUGUAUGGAGCUGUGGAUGUAUCCUUGGUGAGCUCUUCACUAAAAAACCCAUAUUUCAAGCAAAUCAGGAACUUGCACAACUAGAAUUAAUAAGCCGUAUAUGUGGGAGUCCAUGUCCUGCAGUGUGGCCUGAUGUGAUCAAACUACCGUAUUUCAACACCAUGAAACCAAAGAAGCAGUAUCGUCGAAAGUUAAGAGAAGAAUUUGUUUUUAUUCCUGCAGCUGCACUAGACUUAUUUGAUUACAUGCUCGCCUUGGAUCCUAGUAAGCGUUGCACCGCUGAGCAGGCUCUUCAGUGUGAGUUCCUACGAGAUGUGGAACCUUCAAAAAUGCCUCCGCCCGAUCUUCCUUUAUGGCAAGAUUGUCAUGAGUUAUGGAGUAAAAAGCGAAGAAGGCAGAAGCAGAUGGGCAUGACUGAUGAUGUUUCCACAAUUAAAGCCCCUAGGAAGGAAUUAUCUCUGGGCUUGGAUGACAGCAGAACUAACACACCCCAGGGUGUGCUGCCACCUACACAAUUGAAAUCUCAGGGCAACUCAAGUGUAGCACCUGUAAUAACAGGCCCUGGACAGCCGUUAAACCACAGUGAAUUGGCAAUUCUACUUAACCUACUACAGUCUAAAACAAGUAUUAAUAUGGCUGAUUUUGUCCAAGUGUUGAACAUUAAGGUAAACUCUGAGACUCAGCAGCAGCUAAAUAAAAUAAACCUUCCUGCUGGAAUUUUGGCAACAGGUGAUAAACAGACAGAUCCAUCAACACCACAGCAGGAGUCUUCGAAACCUUUGGGAGGAAUUCAGCCUUCUCAGACCGUCCAACCUAAAGUGGAGGCAGAUGCUGCCCAGGCGGCUGUGCAGAGUGCAUUUGCAGUUCUGUUGACUCAAUUAAUAAAGGCUCAACAGUCGAAACAGAAAGAUGUGCUAUUAGAAGAGAGGGAAAAUGGAGCGGGACAUGAAGUGUCAUUACAACUCAGGCCACCUCCAGAACCUAGUACGCCAGCAUCAGGGCAAGAUGAUCUUAUCCAACACCAAGACAGGAGGAUAUUGGAGUUAACACCAGAACCAGACCGGCCCCGGAUUCUGCCUCCUGAUCAACGACCUCCUGAGCCACCUGAACCACCACCAGUAACUGAGGAGGAUCUGGAUUAUCGGACAGAAAACCAGCAUGUACCUACAACUAGUUCUUCAUUAACUGACCCUCAUGCCGGAGUGAAAGCAGCCCUUCUACAGCUGCUGACCCAGCACCAACCCCAGGAUGACCCCAAGAGAGAAGGCAGUAUGGAUUACCCUGCAGGGGACACUUACGUGCCUACUUCAGACUAUAAAGACAACUUUGGAUCAUCAUCUUUUUCUUCUGCUCCUUAUGUGAGCAGUGAUGGUCUCGGAAGUAGUUCUGCUCCCCCGCUAGAACGACGCAGCUUCAUUGGAAACUCAGAUAUUCAGACCUUGGAUAACUACAGUACUGCUUCAUCUCAUUCUGGUGGUCCUCCUCCCCCACCUCCUCCUCCUCCCCCACCACCUCCUCCUCCUCAACCUUCUGCCUUUUCUGAGUCAUUUCCCAGCUCAGUAGCUGGAUAUGGAGACAUUUACCUCAAUGCUGGCCCCAUGUUGUUUAGUGGAGACAAAGACCAUAGAUUUGAAUAUAACCACGGUCCUAUUGCAGUCCUGGCAAACAGCAGUGACCCCUCCACAGGGCCUGAGAGUACUCAUCCUCUGCCAGCAAAGAUGCACAACUACAACUAUGGUGGUAAUUUACAGGAAAAUCCAGGUGGCCCCAGCCUCAUGCAUGGACAGACCUGGACUUCUCCUGCCCAAGGACCUGGCUAUUCACAAGGAUACAGGGGGCAUAUUAGCACAUCAGCUGGCAGAGGUCGAGGCAGAGGGCUACCAUACUGAGUAUGUUUUUCCUCAGGCACAUCAUUUUUAUCUGGAAAGACUUUUCUAGCUGCAGUUUAAGGCAGCAAUCCAAGAGACUUGAAUAAUAUUAAUUCAACAACAGCUUUAUUUUUAUGUGGAAAGGGUCUUGCAUACAAUAGUGAAAAAAACAAAAAAACCUUGCUUAAAUUCAUGCUGUUCUUAAAAUUAGAUCUAUUGAUUGUACAUCUUCACAAAUUCUAGUUAAAUUUUAUUUUGUAUUCUUGCAGUUUUAAGUGGAUGCUAAUCUUAGGGACAUAAGCUUUUUAUGGCCCUCUUGCAGAUCUUCUGAACUAUGCACAUUUGUGCUUUUUUUUGUAAGUUUGGACCAACUUUUAUGUAAAAACAAUCCCUCCUCGCUCCCCUCCAGUUUUACAACAAUCAGAAAGGGCACUGAUUUAUUUGGUAUUUUUCUUUUUACAAAGCUACCUUUAGUCAAAGGUCACUGUCAAGUCUUUGCACCUGCUUUCAGUGUUAUUGUGAAAGGUGUACUUUGUGCUCAUUUCAGAAAAUAAAACACAACCUUUCUCUUGAUGCAAGUUUUAUAUAAAAAAAUGGUCAAUGUUAUUUUUGUUUUGUUUUGCAGAUAACCAUAGCCUAGCAAAAUGCAUUCAGAUGAAAUAGUGGGUUUUCUAUGAAAAAUAAGGGUGGGAUGGGGAGGGUUAAGUAAGUGCCUUAACAGGUAAGCUUAAGGUCUGAAAAAGUAGUUAACUUUUACACCCAUUUGUCUUUUAAAGGGAAUCAAUGCAUUGUAUUGAAGAGGCAGGAAAUUCUUCAGUUCCUAGGAUCUGCCUGAUUGUUUGAUUAAGCCAUUCCCUCUGCCUACCACACUUUGCCCCUUUUGCCCAUCCUUUGGUUGUGUUAACUUUGACUACCACCUUCUCUCCAUAGGGGAGUGAGAGCCAAGAAGGGAGUAGAUAGAAGUCAGUACCUUUUUGUUACUUCUGAGAAGUCCCACAACUUUUGUCAUUUCAGUGGUUGAAAGUAAAUAGCUGAAUGAGUAGUUGACAGUACUGUUUUCUUCCUGGCUCCCAUAUUGAUUGACCUCUUUUUCACUUGGAGGGCAGAAGUUUAGAAGCAAGAAUUAGUAACAAUUUGCAUAAAUGUAUUAAAGUUAGUGGGAAGAGGGGUGGCAAACAGAUUUUAAGUUAAGCAAUUACCAUUUUAAGAAAAAAAUUGUUAACUAGAAACAUUGUUGACAUUGAAUUUAUUGAAACAAAGUUGUGAGAGAAAACCUUAUCUUCCUUCUCAUGUCUAUGAAAUUCAUGACUUCUGCCAGAUAUAGAACAUUAGGUCAUUUUAAACAUGUUUUUAUUCUACUAAAAGUAACAAAGAAUAUGGAAUUACCCUUACUUAAACUGUAAUGUUGUCAAGUCUUACAGAUGUUUUGUAUACACAUGUGCACAUGUGCAUACUCAUUCACACAGAGUAAUAAUUCUGGAAAGGAACCAAAGGAAAAUAACCAGAAUUUCCAUCAUCACUAAAUGGAAACAUAGACUCUGGGAAAUUAAAAGUUGUGCCAAUUAGCCAUUUAUUUUAACUGUGCUGGUGACUUUUUGGUUGGAAUCUCAAAUGGGAAUAGCUUAUGAGAUUGAAAGGUCCAGUUCUAAAGCCAGUUAACUCUGUGCUAUGUAUCUGACUUGUGAACCACGAGAAUAUUUUAAUGAGGAUAAUUUACCAUUUUACUACUAUAAAAUGAGUUGAUGUCAACUAAGCAUUUUAUUUUUUGAUGGAAUUUUUUUGUUGGGAGAGAAAAAAUAUUUUGCUUUUAUUUGAAUAUUGAGUACUAACAACUUAUAAUAAAACUACAUUACAGGAAGUGAGGAAAUAUUUGGAAAUUAGCAAAAUAGCUACAGUAUUCAAGUCUCUGAAUCCUAAUAUGGUGAGUCUUAGACCUUUAGACUUUCCUAUAAGUGACAGUAUCUAAAUUAUUCUUAAUAGUCACACUUGGAUAAUUCUGCUGACCAUAGCAGCUAACCUAGAAUUGAAGAUAUUUAUGUGACAUGAAUAGCCUGUGUUUUAAAAAUUAAAUAUUUUAUAUAAAAUUGAA